AUGGACGAUGCCUGGUUCCACACUUUGACUGCAGCGGCUCGGGACAAGCCAUCACAGCAUACGCGGAGAGCUUCACUGCUGCAACAGCCUGACGACGAUGCCUGGAGCGGGCCUCCGAGAGCAUCAUGUGCUCGCAGAGCCCAAAGCUACAGCGACUUCUACCACCGUGUGCAAGGGGACAAUGAGAAGGAGGGUCAUCGAGAACGACACAACAGUCUGGAUACAUCCCAUCCCGUUGUACUGCCCCAGUGCGCGGAGUUGGACUUCGCGGCCGAGUACGAUGCCAUAGAGGAGCUCUUGAUGAAUGAGAGUCAUGCCGAGUAUCAGGCAUAUCUGGAGCAGCUAGAGCUCUCCGAUGGGCACUUGGACAAUCUGUUAGUCUCCACAACGAGUACUUUGGAUCUCUUGUCUGCCUUGUCAGACUCGUUUCAAGCCGUCGCGGUGCAGACGGAAGCAUUUCGACAGCAGUGCGAAGACAUCGUGCUCGAGCAGCGCCGGUUGACAGGUCUGGCAGACGCCAUUGACGAGAAUGCUCAAUACUAUGCGUAUCUGGAGCCCAUGACACGGAGACUGAACGCGCCUGGUGCUUCGAACCUCGUGAAAGGUAAAGAUUUCUUGGAAAUGUUGUCGAACCUGGAUAAUUGUCUGGCGUACAUGGAGUUGCAUCCCACACACAAGGAAUCUGCCACUUACCGGAGCAGAUAUCGGCUGCUGCUCACGAGGGGUCUGACCCUCAUUCGUCAUCAUUUUACAAAAUCAUUAGGAGAGAUUGCAGCAGAUAUUAGCAAGCGCAUACAUGGCGGGCAGCUCAAAGAGACUACCCACUCUACCAUUCUAUACGCGAAGUUUCGCGCUCCUGCUCCGGAGCUCAAGGCCCUUGGCUUGGAAAUACAGAAACGAGCCGUACCUACUCCAGACGACGUGGACGCCGGCCGAGAACCAGAAUAUCUCAGCCUACUUCGUGAAUUGUACCAGUCGUACUCGGCAACGAGAGGAAGGUUGAUCUUGCCCUUGGUCGCAAAGAAGAUGGCUGAUCUCGCUGCGGAUCCGCAACAUGUCGACGUGCUGUCUUUUGCGAAGUCAAGUCUUAGCUACGUGCGAGGGAUAUGCUUAGAUGAGCAUGAUUUGUGGUUCGAAUGGUUCGAAACCGAAGGGGCUCUGUACGACUUUCUGGAAAGUCUACUGGAACCAAUGUACGAUUAUUUGCGACCAAGGACAAUCCACGAAACGAGGAUGGAGAAGCUAUGUGACCUCUGCGCGAUGAUUCAAGGUCGCUACAUGGAUGUGGACUCUGAGGAAGAUGACGAUACCGAAAGCUCGGCCGCGAGCCCUUCAACGAGUGGUCGACAAUUGGGUCGCAAGCUUGAUUUUGGCAACCUCAUUCACCCCGCGCUCGAGGAUGCACAGACCAGAUUGGUGUUCCUUGCCUUGAACGUACUCCGCGACAGUAUAGAGAACUACAAGCCCAAAGCAGAAGAUCUCGAGGUCUCGCCGCGAGCAGCCAUCACAGGGAUCAAUGGCGCCAAAAAAGGACCUGUUCUUUCUGGCAAGAGGCAACCUUCAACGCCGUCAACGCCUAUUCCCAAAACACCGGCAGUAGUAGACGAAGACAUUGAUGAUGGCGAGAGCAUGUUCAGCAAGCGUUUUGCAGUCGAGACUUCGACACCCAGCAUCAGGCACUGGUAUCCCACGCUACGCAAGGCAGUAUGGCUUCUGCGCCGCAUCUACCGUCUUGUCAACAGUACAGUAUUCGAUGACUUGGCGCACCGCAUCGUGCAUUCCACGAUCGCGUCGCUGAUAUACGCUGGCCAACAAGUUAGUUCCAAGAGGACGCCGCAAGAUGGGCAACUGUUCCUCAUCAUCCACCUUCUCCAUCUCAAGCAGCAGAUUGUGGCAUUUGACAUUGAGUUCAUUCCGCCCGAGGUUGAAUUCGACUUCUCAUCUGUCACAAACACGUUCUACGAACUGCGCGAUCGUGGCAGUCUAUGGAAUCCUGCAUCAUGGGUACGCCUGGUCGGAGGCGCUGUGGGAGGUGGUUUACUGCCACGGGUUGUGGAGAACAUGCUAGAUGCGAAAGCAGAGCUCGAUGGCCGCCUUCGCACAGUGAUCAAUGACUUUGUCAAGGGCUAUGCUAGUCACAUCACUGCUCCUGUUGAAGGUGUCGCGGUGGCACAAGCGCAGGAGAAGAAGGAGUUUGAUGGUGUCAAGGCUGUUCGGACCGUUCGUGGUCUAGCGGAGAAAGAUGUCCCUGCGCUACGAGAAAAGUUGGAAGAGUUUGUUGAUGAUGCCAGAACGAGAGAGACGCUGGUCGCUGCAGUUCGCGACCAAGUCAUCAUGAGCUAUGAGGAAUUCUUUGACAAUUAUAGUGAAGGGAGAGGUAAGAAGUUGAGUCGGAAGGGCAAGGGACGGGAGGAUGAGGUCUGGGGACCCGACUUGUUCAACGAUGCCAUGGAGAAGGUCUUUCAGGUUGGACAAGUCGUAGGCGAGGACAAUGAUAGUGUGGGCAGCGGUGGCAUCAGUGAUUGAGUAGAGCACAUUCUGUGAACAUCUGCCCUAUUCAGUAUGUGUCAGUCAGCGAGACGGGCAUGAAACAAGGAUAUCCUUAUACAGAAAUGGUGAUUGCGAUGAUGACGGG